GACAUUAUUGCAGGACAAGUUGGACGAGCAGCAAGGUGCAGCAGCAGCAGGGUGUGUCACUCUCACACAGCCGUCAUGGAGGAGUCCUUUCAAAAAGCAGCGGACGAGGCGACAAAAUUGGUAAAUAGACCAAGCUACAAACACCUGGGUGACCUGUACGGCCUGUAUAAGCAGGCAACAUGUGGGGAUUGUAACACAGAGCGUCCAGGGAUACUUGACCGUGCAGGACGAGGAAAAUGGGAUGCAUGGGCACAAAGAAAAGGUCUGUCCAAAAAUGAAGCGAUGGCCGCCUAUAUUGAUCUGGUGGAGGAGAUGAAGACAAUAUAUGGGACGGUGUAAAAAGAGAGUAUAAUCUUUAUUGUCCACAAAGGUGCACAUUUGUCUCUGGCUCAACAAAUAAAUGAAACAAAAAAAUAAAAUAAAAGCAGUUAGUAAAACAGAAACAUGGACAGGGUCAUAUUACAACAUCAAAAAGUUUCGAUGUCCGUGGUUUGACACUUCUCAUUUUUUUCUCAUUUUGUUCUUAAUAAAAACCACAAAUUGGACACCGUUUAAAACUGAUUUUACAGUCUUUGGGACUUUAUUACUGUGUAAAGAUAGAAUUGGUUAAAUGCUACAGAGUAUUUGGAGUACUUUGUGGUACUAAUCAAAACAUAAUAGUGUUUAAAGGAAUAGCAACAUUUUGGGCGAUAUUAUCUUGUCGAAAGCAUUUUUGUGUGUCUGUAUGCUAAUUAUAUAGCAAUAGCCAGCUGACGAUUAGCUUUACUUGGCAUAACAAGUGGAAACAGGAAAUAAAGCUAACCUGUCAAAGUAAAAUGCCUUUUUUUCCAGCUUCUGCUCUCUAUGCUAGGCUAAGCUAACUGCCCGGUGUGGAUUUUGUCAGUGUUUCUUUUCGAAAAAGUCACAGUAUUCCUUUAAGUGCAAAUACAAUGUACAUUUUGACAUAAAAAUAGUUUGAAUUCAGAGCAUCUGUACACUGAACUGGCCAUCAAAUAAAGACUGACCUUUAAUAUUUUGAAUAUAAAGUA